AUGGGAAGUCCAGAACGAGAACUUUGUCCUCCGCCUUCAGAAGAGGAUGAGCUUACUCUUCCUAGAGCCAGUAUAAACAAAAUGAUUAAGGAGCUGGUACCUUCUGUGCGUGUCGCUUUCGAAUCAAGGGAAUUAAUUUUAAAUUGUUGUACAGAAUUUAUUCAUCUGCUUAGUUCAGAGGCAAAUGAAGUGUGUAAUCAAAGCAACAAAAAAACUAUUAACGCAGAACACGUCCUAACAGCCUUGGAUAGGUUAGGAUUUAGUGACUACACUGUUGAAGCGGAAGCUGUUUUAAAAGAUUGCAAGGCUGUAGCUGCAAAGAGAAGAAGACAAAGUACACGGCUAGAAAAUUUAGGUAUUCCUGAAGAAGAGUUAUUAAGGCAACAACAAGAACUUUUUGCAAAAGCUCGUGAAGAACAAGCAAAGCAGGAACAACAGCAGUGGUUACUGCUACAACAACAGGGACUUGUUGGUGCAGAAGGUAUGCCACAGCCCUAUGUGCCUCCUCUAGCCGGAGCAAAAACUGAAGAGGAUGAAGAUGAUGAUUACUCAUAA